AUGUCCAACACCACCACCCUCCGGCGGCUCAUGAAGGAGGCACAAGAGCUCUCGCCCUCUUCAUCCUCGCCGUCUCCUUACUUCCAUGCCCAUCCAGUCUCGGACUCGAACCUCUUCGAUUGGCAUUUCACUCUCGCGGGGCCGCCUGCUCCUUCGCCCUACGCUAAUGGUAUAUACCACGGCCGCAUUGUUCUCCCUCCACAAUACCCUCUUCGGCCGCCAUCCUUCCGUUUCUUAACCCCAUCGGGGCGGUUCGAGGUCAAUCGUGAGAUAUGCCUGAGUAUUAGCGGACACCAUGAACAAACUUGGCAGCCAGCGUGGGGGAUUCGGACUGCCUUGACCGGCAUAAGAAGCUUUAUGGAUGGUGAGGCUAAAGGCCAGGUUGGUGGGCUAGAUGCAACUAACGAAGCUAGAAAAGAUUGGGCCAAAAGGAGUAGAGAGUGGGUGUGUCCAGGCUGCGCUGAAGGGAAAACAAACGAAGAAGUUUUGACACAGUGGCAGAAUAUAUGCCGCGAGAGGGGUGUCAAUGUCGAUAACGAGGGAAGGCCAGGAGGGCGACGACUUGGCGGUGAUGCGGUGCCGGAAGGCCUGAAUUUUGGAUACCGUGAUGAAAUGGAAAAGGGCGCAUCAAAAUCAAGCCCAGGACCGGCACAAUCUCCAGCCACUACCCUCUUACCUGCCGCUGAUGGGAAGAACAAGGAUGCGGAUCAACAAGUCCCACCGCCCUCUGAUAAUGGCGCGCAAACAUCAACCACAGCAACAGCAACGAUUAACCCAGGUCAAACUGGGAUUCUCUCGAACAGGAGUCGAGUCACUUCUAAUACUCGAAGCCAGACAUUGUCAACACCUCAGCGCGAACAAACACAAACAUUAGCCAGGGGCGCUCCUGAGACUGCCGAAGGGCCUUGGCUAGACAGGGCCAUAAUCGGUGUGAUAUGUGCUUUGGCCUUCGUGAUUCUUCGGAAGGUUCUGUUUGCUCCUGCGGAGCUUUAA